AUGGCUAAAGCUAUUAGCCUAACGAUCUUGACCUUCCUCUUGAUAGCCUCCAAUGUUUACUCCGCUAGACUUCUCGAUGAGGUCGAACCUCAGCCUCAAUUAGUCCCCGCUAUACCGGAAGAGGAGUAUGAUAAUAAUACACCAUCCGCAUCAACAACACCAACAACAACACAACCUCAAAUACCAAUUCCCCUCCCAGGACCAGCCACUGGCGGACACGUACCAGUCCUAGAGUUCUUUAUGCAUGACGUGCUAGGCGGGUCACACCCAUCAGCUCGUGUGGUCACUGGGAUAGUAGCACAAACCGAAGUGAAUGGAAUACCAUUCUCUAAGUCCAACAACAACAUUUUUCCAGUAGAUAACGCUGUCCCACUUGUGAACGCAAACAACAUCAACAAUAUAAUCAACCCAAACACGGCUCCACUCCUCACAGGACUAAGUGGCUCUCAAGCCAACACAGUCAUACAAAACACUAACGGUAACUCUCAAGGCUCCCUCAGCUCCAACAACCUUCCUUUUGUAACCGCAGGUCAACUCCCUCCCGCAGCAGCUCUCCAGCAGCUCAUGUUCGGUACCAUCACCGUGGUCGAUGAUGAACUCACCGAGGGUCAUGAGCUAGGCUCUGCGGUUAUCGGCAGAGCACAAGGGUUUUAUAUAGCUAGUUCUUUGGAUGGAACUAGCCAGACCCUUUCUUUGACCGUGUUGUUCCACGGAGAGCAUGAUCAUCAUGACACGCUUGAUGAUGCCAUUAGCUUCUUUGGAGUCCAUAGAACAGCUUCUCACGCCUCGCAUAUUGCUGUUGUGGGUGGGACUGGGAAGUUUGAGCAUGCUAAAGGGUAUGCUGUCGUGGAAACACUGCGCAACCAGGAAAACCAACAUGUUACUGAUGGUCUUUCUAUCUAA